AUGCAAACAAUAGAAUACGAGUAUACAGCACCACUCAGAUCACAUUAUGAAUCACUUUCGCAGGCGGGAGUGCGCCCGCGCCGCCGUUGUCGCCACCGGCGCACCACUAUUGAAUCGCGCCGAAAGUGCAACGCCCCAAUGAACUUCGCUCUACUAAGUGGGCCAUACAUAUGGAUUGUUUAUUCUGGUAGUUCGUUAGCUAAGGCGACGCACGGGAGCCGUCCCUAUCUAACUAAGCGAGCAUGCUCUGAAAUAGGACGGGAUCUAUUUCCCGGGCAGCUGCGUGCGUUCAUUGCCCCUGCACAGGGCGUUAGAAGUGCAACGAUCUCAGCAAUUAUCCCAGCAACUCUAAACUUGAACUGGGAGCAAUGCGCGGAGCGUGCACCUCACCUUCACUGCUUAGAAAGCUACGCCGAUUACGUCUAA